CCUUCCAGAAAGGCUCAGCAAAAGAAACACACAGCUCCCUCUGGGCCCAAGAGCCUGAUGCAUUGAAGGUGAAACACACUGAAGGGAUGCCCGAUGGAACUCUGGACACUGUGUGCGCAGAGGAAACAGGCAGUGAGGAGGACCUGUACGAAGAGCUUCACAACUCGGGGCACCACUACAGCCACCCUAGAGGAGGUGGAGAGCAGCUGGCCAUCAAUGAGCUCAUCAGUGAUGGCAGUGUGGUGUGUGCUGAAGCCCUGUGGGACCAUGUCACCAUGGACGACCAGGAACUGGGCUUCAAAGCUGGGGAUGUCAUCGAAGUGAUGGAUGCCACCAACAGAGAAUGGUGGUGGGGCCGAGUCGCAGAUGGCGAGGGGUGGUUCCCUGCCAGCUUUGUACGGCUGCGGGUGAACCAGGAUGAGCCCGCGGACAACUAUGAGGCCCCGCGGGCCGGGGCUGGAGAGGCCGAUGACAACGUUCCAGAGGCCCAGAGCUGCAAGGACCAGAUGCGUACCAAUGUCAUCAACGAGAUCCUCAGCACUGAGAGAGACUACAUCAAGCACCUUCGGGACAUCUGCGAGGGCUAUGUCCGCCAGUGCCGUAAGCGUGAGGAUAUGUUCAGUGAAGAGCAGUUGCGCACCAUCUUCGGGAAUAUCGAGGACAUCUACCGUUGCCAGAAGGCGUUUGUGAAGGCUUUGGAGCAGAAAUUCAACACAGAGAGGCCACACCUGAGCGAGCUGGGUGCCUGCUUUCUGGAACACCAAGCCGACUUCCAGAUCUAUUCUGAGUACUGCAACAACCACCCCAACGCCUGUGUGGAGCUCUCCCGGCUCACCAAGCUCAGCAAGUACGUGUACUUCUUCGAGGCCUGUCGGCUGCUGCAAAGAAUGAUUGACAUUUCCCUGGAUGGCUUUCUGCUGACCCCAGUGCAGAAGAUCUGCAAGUAUCCCCUCCAGUUGGCGGAGCUGCUCAAGUACACGCACCCCCAGCACAGGGACUUUAAGAACGUUGAAGCUGCCUUGCAUGCCAUGAAGAACGUGGCCCAGCUCAUCAAUGAACGGAAGCGGAGACUUGAAAAUAUCGACAAGAUUGCUCAGUGGCAGAGCUCCAUAGAGGACUGGGAGGGGGAAGAUCUCCUGGUCAGGAGCUCGGAACUCAUCUACUCGGGGGAGUUGACCCGUGUUACACAGCCUCAAGCCAAGAGUCAGCAGAGAAUGUUUUUUCUCUUUGACCGUCAGCUCAUCUACUGUAAAAAGGACCUGCUCCGCCGGGACGUGCUGUACUACAAGGGCCGCCUGGACAUGGAUGACCUGGAGGUGGUGGAUGUGGAAGAUGGGAAGGACCGUGACCUGCAUGUGAGCGUCAAGAAUGCCUUCCGUCUGUACUGUGGUGCCACGGGCGACAGCCACUUACUGUGUGCCAGGAAACCAGAACAGAAGCAGCGCUGGCUGAAGGCCUUUGCCAGGGAGAGGGAGCAGGUGCGGCUGGACCAGGAGACAGGCUUCUCCAUCACUGAGCUGCAGAGGAAGCAGGCCAUGCUGAACGCCAGCAAGCAGCAGGCCACAGGGAAGCCUAAAGCUGUUGGCAGGCCAGGGUACCUGACCCGCCACAAGCAUCCAUCCUUGCCUGCCAGCCGGCCCCAGCAGCAGGUGUUGGUGCUAGCAGAGCCCAGGCGGAAGCCAUCUAACUUCUGGCACAGCAUCAGCCGACUGGCACCCUUCCGAAAGUGAGCCAGCACCUACUGGACAACCUGACGGCACUCUGUGGACCCAGCCUUCCCUCAAGGCCUACUCCAUCAGGCCUCCUACCGGUUUCGGAAACUGGAAGUGAACAGGUACGGCAGCAGAGCUGUACGAAGUCUGGGCUCCGCCUCUGGCCUCUUCCCCACCGCUGACUAAGUGUUGCACGGGUACCAGCCUCUGCCUAUACUCUGGACCUGCACAGGGCCUCCACCAAUGGCAAGCCUGCAAGUCACAGCUCAGAACCACCGGCCAGGCUGUGCAAACAAGGCUCAUUUGCUCCGGACGUUCUUUGGAAAGCUUAUCCGCACUCCUGUUUUCGGUGGGCAGGAGACCAAAGUCCAUGGCCAUGAGCCACCUGCCAAAGCAGGUGUGUCGCCCUCUGCUAUUCCUCCUUUCAGGCCCCCAGCCCACUUGCAACUUCAGAGGUCAGGAACCAGGAAUUCUGCACUCCUAACUACCCAUAGCUGUCCUUAGGCCUCCUGGCUCCUCUAGACACUGCUGGCUGCCAGACACCCUCUUUGUGACAUGUGCAAUGAGAAAAAAAAACAAAAGCAAAAACGUACAGUCAACUGUGUGCCUGGUUCCAGGUUAGUGACAGUCCCCUAUGGCUGGGGUGGCUGCACACAUACCCAGUCCCUGUUCAUUACGAUUUUGUCAUGUUGUUUCUCUAACAAUGGAGAAUCGGGAGAAUUGUUAAUGACACAGAAAGAUUGCCUUACCCUAGUGAGUGUGAGAAGCCAUAAGGACUGAAUUCUGUGGCCUAGCAUGGACUGACUCCUCGUGGGGCACACAGCCAGGCCUGCAUGUAGUGCAGAGCCCAUAGGAUUCAGAAGCAUGGUCAGUUACUCUUGCACUGUACCUUCUUUAAUCCAGAAACCACAUUUAAUUUCAUAAAGAAACUUAAGAAAAGUAA